AUGAUUCGGUCAUUCCGCUUCCAGUCGCCCUUUCUGCGGCAGGCCCUUCGCUACUCUACAUCUUCUACGCCGGGUGUUGCCCCGUUGUUUGCAAAGAUAAAGACAGACCUGAAGACGGCCAUGAGAGCGAAAGACAAAGUCAGACUUGACGUCCUUCGCGGAAUCAUAUCAGAAGUGAACAACGCAGCCAAAACACCGAAGCCCAUUGAGACUGAUCUCAGUCUUCUCGACAUUCUUCGCAAGCGGGCCUCGAACCUGGAAGCUAGUGGGAAGGAGUACGCUGCUGCCGGACGUGAGGACUUGACGGCCAAGGCAGAGGCAGAGCGGAAGGUGGUUGAGGAAUACGCAGCACAGGUCGAGACUGUGAGUGAAGACGCUGUCCGCGCCGCUGUUGAGAGUGCAAUUGCAGAGCUCAAGGCUGCCAGUGAGAAGCUGGCUAUUGGAAGUGUGAUGAAGAAGGUGCUUGCAGCGGGCGGAGCUUUGGACGGGAAGCCAGCGAGCAAGACGACGGUUGCGAAGAUUGCUGGAGAGAUGGUCAAGGCACUGGAGCAGAAGUAA